UGCAGAGCUGCAGCAGGAGCGGUGGUGCAGCCAGCUUCCCUGAGGACAGGGUGAGGACUCGUCGGUUCUGCAGGAGAAGGCACCUGGAGUCCAGAGCUUCCUGAAGAGAUCAUGGCUGAGCCCAGCGACAACUCUCUGAGGAUUGUUCUGGUAGGAAAAACAGGAAGUGGAAAAAGUGCCACAGCAAACACAAUCCUGGGGCAAAAGCUAUUUGCUUCUAGAAUUGCACCCCAUGCUGUCACUCAGACCUGUCAGAAAGAAUCCCGCAAGUGGAAGGAGAGAGACCUCCUGGUUGUUGACACCCCAGGGCUCUUUGACACCAAGGUAAAACUGGAAACCACCUGCACUGAAAUCAGCCGCUGUGUCCUGUACUCCUGCCCCGGGCCUCAUGCCAUCAUCCUGGUACUGCGGCUGGGCCGCUUCACAGAGGAAGAGCAAGAAACUGUUAUUAGGAUCAAGGCAAUUUUUGGGGAGGCAGCCAUGAAGUACAUGAUUGUCUUGUUCACCCGCAAAGAUGAGCUGGAGGACCAGCUCCUAAAUGACUUCAUAGCAGAGUCAGAUGCAAACCUUAAAAGCAUCAUCAGGGAGUGUGAGGGCCGCUGCCUGGCCAUCAACAACAAAGCAGAGGAGGCUGAGAGGGAAGCUCAGGUGCAGGAGCUGGUGGAGCUGGUGGAGGCCAUGGUGCAGAGCAAUGGCGGAGUCUACUUCUCCGAAGCCAUCUACAAGGACGCGGAGCAAAGGCUGAAGAGAGAAGUGGAGAUCUUGAGGAAACUUUACACUGUUCAAAAAGAGAAUGAAAUUAGAAUAGUUGAGGAAGAGUGUGCUCUCGGGAAAUAUAGUGCUCAGAAAAAAGAGGAAAUAAUACAAAUAAUCAGGGAAAAAUAUGACAAGAAGAUAAGACACGAGGCAGAGAAUAACAUACUCAGCCAGAUUGUUGAAGGAGUUAAGAAAGUUCUCUUGAAAAUAUGUCAGGUUUUUAAGUAGUCUGUAUAUUUUUUUCAUUCACUCUGAGCAUUUCUCUCUCCAUCUCAUCCCCUACCAUUCUCCCUGCUGGCCCUUUCCUACCGCCACCAACAAACGUAAGAGACAGCAGAACCAGGAAUUCGCUGACCCAGCGUCAAGACCCAGUGUUGCACACUCCGCACUCAGCUCCCUCUGCUAGUCUGCCCUGCCUUGCCCACUCUGAUGGACUGAAAUGUCUCUGUAACCAGGAACCAAAAUAAACAUU